AUGGUCUUCGAGUACGGUUUCACUGCGAUAACAUAUCAGUUAUCCAAAUAUGGAAAAAAGGCUCCUCAUCAUGUCCACGGAUUAUGCAACUUGUCCGACUGCUGUUCUUCACUGCAGCAUCUAAUAACUUUCAUGUUGGGUCCCAACCAAAACUCCAGACCUGUGCACCCUCUUAACGGCUCCGAUGUGCGACGUAGUCCCGUCAACCUCACACAACAAGCCUGCCACUACAUCAACCUGAGCAUUGCACCAGGUACACAACGGACAUAUCAUGCGGGACAAACUCGCUAUCUUCUCUUCUGUCGUAUGUAUGGAAUGAAUCCUUAUCCACUAACGCAACGCUCAACGAUUCUGUUUAUGACACAUCUCGCAACGUCGUCACUUACCUAUGGUACGCUAAAAGUUUACCUCGCAGCUAUCAUCCGUGCACACAUCGAAACUGGCUUCACCUCAUCAAUACGUGACGACCUUCUGCUUCACUUCACUAUGCAAGGCAUUAAAAGACAUCACGGCGUGCCAAAUCGUAUAAAACUCCCAAUCACCAUUGCACUGAUGCGAAUGCUUAAGAACACCGUCGCAAACCAUCCCACUAUUUGCAACCAUGACAAAGCUAUGUUGUGGUCUGCCUUUACACUGGCGUUCUUCGGCUUCUUGAGAGUCAGCGAAUUUGUCGCACCCGUGUCAACCACCUUCGACCCACAACGCACUUUACUGACGGCAGACAUCACUUGCAACACAGACCUCGUCAUUGCGCUCAAGGUUUCUAAGACAGACCCAUUCCGCCGGGGAUGUAACAUCAUCAUCGCACCCUCACAGUCAUCGGUCUGCGCUGUGCAGGCAUACCAGGCGUACAAAGCACUACAUAGUUCCGUCGCUCACCUACCUGCAUUCCAGUUUUCCAAACGUACUUUCCUCACGCGGCAAGCUGUUAGCAACCACAUUCAAGACCUCACUCGCGCAUCUAUGCCAGAUGUUAACCGUUACACUACUCACAGUUUCCGCAGUGGUGCAGCCACGACAGCUGCCAACGCAAUCUCCCGGACUGGUUGA